CUGCUCCUACUAAUCCAUUUAAGCUAAUUAAUUUGCCAAUUUUUCGCAUAGCAGGGAAAAAUGGAUUUAUACUUAAUACUCCUCAUUCUCGUAGCUUAUUCCCAUUUCCCAGUUCCUCACACGUUGUAACAUUCGUGUAUCAAAUUACAAUCAAUUUUACCAACGUGUAACUCACAUCGGAGAACGUAAAGUUUGGAAAAGAUAGAUAAGAACAAGUACAAAGUGCUGAGUGCAAGUGCAACGUUAGAAAAACAAGAUACAACUUGUUGAAUUGGACUGGAGCCGGCCGGAUCUCGUUGACCUCUACAAAUAUAAUCUUGUCCUAAAGGUUAUUUAUUACUGGGACUAACGCCAUCAUAAAUAAUCCUUAAGAAGACGGAUCAAAUUGGAAAAAUAGUCUGGAUAUGAUGCCCGAACUGGGAGGUGGGAGCAUACUCAUCGUCCGCAGAAAUUAUUAAUUUCACUGCCGUUACCUGAAGUGUUCCGGAGUAUAAUUUGUAAUUCCAAAUUGAUAGUUGUAGUAAACUAAGAAAAUGGAAGAUUUUUGUGGAAAUUCGUCCUUCUGGGACGAUUAUGUAACAUGGAAUACGACAAAGCCCGACUUUACUCCAUGCUUUGAGCAAACCGUGCUGGUAUGGGGACCCACCGCGUUCCUAUUUUUCCUUGCCACGUUCGACUUUGCCUCUCGGUUGAGGUCGAAAGGUCGUCACAUUCCGGCCAGCAUCCUCCUCAUCGCGAAAACUGUGGGAGUUUGGGCGCUCAUUAUCCUCCACACGGUCCAUCUCAGCCUCACUUUCAGACUCGAGGGCGACGACAAGUAUGAGUUCUACAAGGCAGAAAGAUACUCGACCAUCGUGCGGAUUGCGGCGUACAUUCUCGUUUUUCUCCUCAUGGUGUUACAUAAGACGAAAGGGGUUCGGACGUCGGGAUUGCUAUUCUAUUACUGGUUCUUCUCCAUGUUGUGCGACGUGUUUCCGUUUCAAACAGCGUUGAGAAAUCCUCCAGACGUGAUCAGCGGUGGAAAUAAGGACGGAUUGUACUACCUCAUUCACGUUAUGAACUUUCCCAUCGUGGUAGUUAUGUUCCUCCUCAACUGUUGGGCCGACAAAGCUCCAAUUAGGGAUGCUGGAGAAAAAGUUGUCGAUGUCCGCCCCUGUCCUGAAACGUCUGCCUCCUACUUGUCCCAACUCGUCUUCUUCUGGUUCGAAGGCCUCGCUCGUCUCGGAUUCUCUCGUCCUCUUGAGGCGACUGAUUUGUGGGACUUGAACCGAAAAGACACAUCGAGAUACCAAGUCCCCAUUUAUGACAAGUACUGGAGCGGACCUGGGGAGGGGAAGCUCCAGCCGGUUGAUGGAAGCAUCGCGGAGGGAAGCGUGUUUGUCACCAUGAUGAAAAUAUUCGGGUCAACCUUCCUUCUCGCCGCGUCUCUAAAGUUCAUUCAAGAUUUGUUAAACUUUGUGUCACCGGAAAUUCUCAAACUACUGAUCGCUUUUGUGAAAGAUGAUGAAGUAGAAGCCUGGAAGGGAUUCCUCUACGUUGCUAUCCUUUUCGGCACUUCUAUUAUUCAAACGAUAUUUCUAGCCCAAUACUUUCAUCAAGUAUUCCUCAUCUCGAUGCGGAUCCGAACCGCUUUAACAAGUGCUGUGUACAGAAAAGCCCUCCGAAUAUCAAACGUGGCACGAAAAGCUUCCACCAUUGGAGAAAUUGUGAACCUGAUGAGCGUCGAUAUUCAAAAACUUAUGGACACGACGCUGUAUAUCAACAUGUUGUGGAGCGCUCCUCUCCAAAUUGGACUGUCGCUCUAUUUCCUGUGGAACAUUUUAGGACCCUCCGUCCUUGCGGGUGUGCUUGUCAUGAUCCUUCUAAUUCCGGUCAACGGUGUAAUUGCUGGACGUGUGAGGAAAUUGCAGAUCCAACAAAUGAAAAAUAAGGAUAGCAGGGUUAAAAUGAUGAGUGAAAUUCUGUCCGGAAUCAAGGUUUUAAAGUUGUAUGCGUGGGAGCCAAGUUUCGAACAGCAAGUCAUGGACAUUCGGGGAAAAGAGAUGAACGUGUUGAAAAAAGCUGCAUAUCUUCACGCUGGAACGUCCUUUGUUUGGGCCUGUGCCCCAUUUGUCGUCUCAUUGGUCACUUUCGCGACCUACGUCCUUAUUGAUGAGAAUAAUGUACUUGAUGCGGAAAAGGCUUUCGUCUCUCUUACUCUGUUCAAUAUCAUGAAAAUGCCAAUGACGGUUCUACCCAUGAUGAUUGUCGCAUCUGUCGAAGCAAGCGUUGCUCUGAAACGGUUGAAUAAAUUUUUGAAUGCUGAAGAGGUCGACGAGAACGCUGUGAUUGAGGAGAGGGGCGCAGGAGAACCCGUACAAAUUCAGGACGGAAACUUUUCAUGGGAGCCUGAAACCACUUGUUUGAAGAACAUAAACCUAAAAGUGAAAGAAGGUUCCUUAGUUGCGGUGGUGGGGGUGGUCGGAUCUGGAAAAUCAUCCCUUCUCUCCUCUAUUUUGGGCGAGAUGAUUAAAGUUUCGGGUCGGGUAAAGAGGAAGGGGAAAGUUGCAUAUGUCGCGCAACAAGCAUGGAUUCAAAACUGCUCCCUGAAAGACAACGUGUUAUUCGGAGAGGGUUUAGAUGAAGGCAAAUACAAGGAAGUCAUCGACACGUGCGCACUUGGACCCGAUUUGGACAUAUUACCGGCUGGAGAUCGUACCGAAAUUGGAGAAAAGGGAGUGAACUUGAGCGGUGGUCAAAAACAGAGGGUUUCACUCGCACGGGCCGCCUACAGCAAAUCUGACCUGUACCUUCUAGAUGACCCCCUCUCAGCUGUCGACGCUCAUGUGGGAAAGCACAUUUUUGAACAGGUUCUCGGACCAAAUGGUAUUUUAAAGGGGACGACGCGUGUCUUGGUCACUCACGGGAUCACAUAUCUCCCCCAAGUGGACCACAUCGUCGUCAUGAAGGAUGGUGAAAUCAGUGAGGAGGGUACUUACAGGGAAUUACUGGAGAAAAAGGGAGCAUUUGCCGACUUUUUGGCCCUGCAUAUGGGCAGUGAGGAAAGCGAAGAGUAUGAAACCGUGCUACAAGAAUUAGAAGAAGUUCUAGGUGGCAAGGAGAAGGUUCUGGAGCGACAACAAUCCCAAAUUUCAGACACCAUUAGUGAAGCUGCGGAUGGGUUAGCGGCGAGAAAGAGGCGUGUUUCCACCGCGUCAAAUGGAUCUGGAUCAAAAAUGCCCCUCCUCCGCCGACAAACAUCUGUUAUCAAGAAAGAGGACACUCCCACUCGCACCCCGGCAAGUCGAGAACGACUCAUCGAGGUUGAAAAAGCUGAAACCGGAAGUGUCAAGAAGGACGUGUAUUUUCACUACUUUAGAGCCAUCGGCGUCCCCAUGGGCCUUUUCACCCUCUUGCUGAACGUAAUUUAUCAAGGAUUUCAGGUUGGCUCGAGUGUCUGGCUAACAAAGUGGUCGAAUGAGCCUACUGUGAACGGAACAUUUCCUACGGAUAAGAGAGACAUGUAUCUUGGAGUUUAUGGGGCUCUCGGCUUGGCGUUGGGUAUUAGCAUCAUGGUCGGAACGGUUGUAAUGUCACUGGCUAUGUUGAAGGCUGCCUUUGCUAUGCAUAACAUUAUGCUGUCCCACGUCUUGAAAUCACCCAUGUCCUUCUUUGAUACGACACCACUUGGACGGAUAGUCAACCGUUUCUCGAAGGAUGUGGACGUAGUAGACAAUACGCUCCCCAUGAACAUGAGAUCUUGGAUUCAAUGCCUUUUCACCGUGCUUGCGACAAUCACAAUUAUCAGUGUUAGCACGCCGUGGUUCAUCGCUGCGAUCGUCCCUCUAGCAGUGGUCUACUAUUUGAUUACAAAAUUCUAUGUGGCCACAUCCCGUCAAUUGAAACGUCUCGAGUCUGUAUCCAGAUCGCCAAUCUACUCACAUUUCGGUGAAACCUUAACAGGCUGCACGACAAUUAGGGCGUACGGAAUGCAGCCGAGAUUCAUUACAGAGUCUGAAUUAAAAGUUGAUUACAACCAAAAAUGCUACUACCCUUCAAUAGUUGCAAAUCGCUGGCUCGCCGUUCGGUUGGAGACUAUUGGGAACCUGAUUGUCUUGUUUGCUGGAUUGUUCGCUGUCCUUGGUCGUGAGACACUUGAUGCCGGAACGGUCGGACUUUCUAUUUCUUAUGCCCUGCAAAUCACUCAAACUUUGAACUGGCUGGUGCGUAUGACUUCCGAAGUAGAGACCAACGCUGUCGCAGUCGAAAGGAUGAAAGAAUACGGCGAAACUCCUCAAGAAGCCGAGUGGGAAAUGCCAGAGCGGAAACCAGCACUGACUUGGCCAGAUAAGGGACAAAUUACUUUUGAUCGGUAUCAAACACGGUAUCGAGAGGGGCUGGAUUUAGUUUUGAGAAAUGUGACAUGUGUUAUCGAGCCGAGUGAGAAGGUUGGCAUCGUAGGUCGAACCGGGGCCGGCAAGUCGUCCCUUACUAAUGCCCUUUUCCGAAUUGUCGAAGCCACUGGAGGAUUCAUAUCCAUCGAUGAGCAGAACAUUGCCAAAUUGGGGCUGCACGAUGUCCGAGGACGACUCACAAUCAUUCCUCAGGACCCUGUCCUCUUCUCUGGUACGCUGCGAAUGAAUCUGGAUCCAUUCCAGAAAUAUACUGACGACCAGCUUUGGCGAGCGUUGGAGUUGGCUCACUUGAAAAAUUUCGUGUCCGAGCUCCCCACAGGUUUGCAACACGAAAUAAGCGAGGGUGGAGAAAAUCUGAGCGUCGGUCAGAGACAACUCGUUUGUCUGGCUCGUGCCCUGCUGCGUAAAACGAAGAUUCUUUGUUUAGAUGAGGCCACUGCAGCAGUGGAUUUGGACACAGAUGACCUCAUUCAGCGCACGAUUCGUGAAGAGUUCAAAGAUGCAACGGUCAUCACGAUCGCGCACAGAUUGAACACAAUCAUGGAUUCGACAAGAGUCAUGGUUCUUGAUAAGGGAGAAGUUUGCGAAUUUGACACUCCGUCCAACCUCUUACGCAAUAAGGACUCCAUAUUUUACGCCAUGGCAAAAGAUGCUGGAAUUGUUUCAUAGAUAUUACCUGGAUAAUUAUUAUUAGACUCGUACGAAAAUUCCACAAAUGAUUAUUCAAGAUUGUUCAUUGUCGUACUUAUAUCUCUAUUAUAGUACUUCUUCUGAUUUAAGAACAGUUUCCCUGUGGUGUAACAAUGUAGCAAUUAACUAAUUAGUUUGUUUGUUAGUAAUUAGUCAUUGCUACGACAUGAAAAAAGUAUUAAUAAUGCGAGUCCAGUUUAUGAGGUCAGAUUCAGAUCUAACUAUCUAUCCUAACGUUUGUUAAUGUUGUUCCUUGUUUUUGUACAUAAAUCUAAAAUUAUUAAUUAUUCUCGGGCUACAUGGUUGAAUUAUUGAAAAAAGCUUUAAAGAAUGAGGAAACUUGUUUUGUUAUUAAUUUUCAUGAAAGAAUUAUACAUUGUCAAUCACGUACUUAAUUGAUGAUGGAUUGUUGAUUAAAUAAAGAACAAAGUUAAGUCAAAAAC